CGUCUAAGCUCUGUGUUAUGUCAUGUGCAAUGGCCGUCCGGUUGUUCUACGUUUCGUAUUGCCACUCGUUUGUAGUGUGAUUUUGUAAAUUAUAGUGUAUUGAACUCUAAAUAUAAUGGCGUCUGUUAAAGUGGCUGUACGAGUUCGUCCCUUCAACCAGAGGGAACUAGACAUGGAGGCCAAACUUAUAAUUCAGAUGGACGGUAAGAAGACCAGGAUAUUCAAUUCCAAGCUGCCACCUGGAAAGGAAAGUGACCAUGGGCGAGAGAGAUGGAAAGACUUCACUUUUGAUCAUUCCUAUUGGUCAUUUGAUGCAACAGAGUCUCAUUAUGCUUCUCAAGAAAAGGUGUACAAAGACUUAGGGACUGAUGUGAUUGAAAGUGCAUUUGAGGGAUAUAAUGCCUGUGUGUUUGCCUAUGGACAGACUGGCAGUGGCAAGACAUUCACCAUGAUGGGCACACCAGAAUGUCAAGGCUUAAUUCCACGUAUUUGUAAGACACUCUUCAGUCGCAUGGCUGCAGGGAAGGAGGAAGGUGCCAGCUAUCGUACUGAAGUUUCUUACCUUGAAAUUUAUAAUGAGCGUGUUAAAGACCUAUUGCAACCAAGUGCAACAAACCACAGCUUGCGUGUAAGGGAACAUCCACGCCGCGGUCCAUAUGUGCAGGGAUUGUCCAGACAUCUUGUCACUGAUUAUUCGGACAUACAAGAGUUGAUGGUACGUGGGAACAAUCACCGCACCACAGCUUCAACAAACAUGAAUGAUGUGAGUAGCCGCAGUCAUGCCAUCUUCACAGUCAUGUUUGUUCAAGCUGGAUUUUCCAACAACAUGCCCAGUGAAACUGAAUCUAAGGUUCAUCUGGUGGACUUGGCAGGAAGCGAGCGUGCUGAUGCAAGUGGUGCAACAGGACAGAGAUUGAAGGAAGGGGCACACAUCAACAAGUCACUAGUAACAUUAGGCUCUGUCAUCUCAGCACUGGCAGAGUUGUCAAGCUCACAAAAGGAAAGUGGCCCUGGCCAGCGGAGAGCAUCACGGUCCUUCAUUCCAUACCGUGACUCCGUACUCACGUGGUUACUAAGGGAUAGUCUUGGUGGAAAUUCUAAGACCAUAAUGAUAGCAGCAAUUUCACCAGCUGAUUGUAAUUAUGGAGAAACUUUAAGUACACUUCGUUAUGCAAACAGAGCAAAGAACAUUAUAAACAAACCGACCAUCAAUGAAGAUCCUAAUGUGAAACUAAUCCGAGAUCUGAGAGAUGAAAUAACAAAACUUAAAGCUCUUCUUUUAGCUAAUGAAUAUACUAUGGAAGCCCAGCCUCAGGUUCUAGCACAGUUACACCAGAAAGAAGCACAAGAGAAAGUACUUACAGAGGAAUGGACAGAGAAGUGGAGGGAAACUCAGAAAAUAUUACAAGAACAGAAGGCACUUGGUCUGCGUAAAUCUGGCCAAGGGGUUGUGCUGGAUUCGGAUAUGCCUCAUCUUAUUGGAAUUGAUGAUGAUGUGUUGAGUACAGGUGUUACUUUGUACCAUCUGAAGGAAGGGGAAACUCUCAUUGGGACAGAAGAUGCUGAGGUAAAGCAAGACAUUGUCCUCAAUGGACUUGGCAUAGAAACAGAACAUUGCAGUGUAAUGCUGAAAGAUGGUGUUGCAACACUUAUUCCUCGACAGCAGGCCCAGUGCUGGGUUAACACUGUUCUCGUUGAUAAGCCUACUCGUCUGUCACAAGGGUGCCUAAUUCUCCUUGGUCGCACCAAUAUGUUCCGUUACAAUGAUCCUUUCGAGGCUGCUGAACUGAGAAAGGAAGGUAGCCGCUCUCAUCUAAAUCUCUCUCGCCUUUCAUUGCUAAGUUGGUCAACACCAGAUCUUAUGUGCUCCAAUGAAAACCUCAAUGUUUCAUGUGGUGAUGACACAGAGUAUCUGGAAGAGCUGGAACAGCAAAGGGCUUCUUUGCUCAAGGAGAAGGAGGCAUUCAAGCGGGAACAAGCAGAACGUGAGCAGGAUUGGGAGCGAGAACAGCGGGAAAAGAGAGAAGCCUUGGAAGCUGCACAGCGUGAAUUGGAGGAGGAACGCCAACAUAUGGAGCAAGAAUAUGCCGCACAGUGCAGACGCCUUGCUCAGGACUGGCGCCGUCUUGAACAACACCAGCAGGAUAACUUGGCAGUGUUGAAACUCCGAGAAAGCGAGCUACAUCGGCAAAGAGAACUGCUGGAAAGUGAACGAGAGCUUCAGUUGUCACAGGUUGCCAGUGAGUGUAGUCAGUUGGUAGCACUGCAGAACAAACUGGAGCUGAAACAGAAGUUCCUAGCAGAGUUUCUUGCUGGACAGUUGCUGCAAGCAGGUACAUUGAAGAAAGGCUGCAAUGGUGUCAAAUCUCUCCAGAUACUUGCUGCAGAGUGUUUGGAGAAGAAUGGGGCCAGGACAGAUGACUCAAGUUCUGAGUCAUGGUCCAGUCUUGCUACAGCUGGUGACCCAGGAACUGAGGCAUUUAGAGAUCUUGUCAGUAUGCAUUGCCAGGAAUUAAUGUCAUUAGAAGCAGAGUUGAGGAGCAGGGUCCAGUCUGUAACUGAUAGGAAAAGUGAGGUUCGUCGUCUUGAUUCAGCAUUAGCGACAGUCACUACGACACUGCAGAAUCAGGGCGGUGACUUGGAGUUAGAAGCUACAAAGGAGUUUCUAGCAAGACGGACGCGUGAGCAGCUACAAGAGAUAUGGCAGCGAAAACAGUCUAUGUCGCUUGAUUUGAAGCAACCAACACAAACAGCCAGUGUACAUAGAGAUGACAAUUCUGGUGAAGUUCAAGCAAAUUCAUUGGCUGCUGCAGCAAAAGCAUCUGAAUCUUCAUACACCAUUUCCAGCUCAUUUGACACAGCUGAGACAUUCCACACUGCAUCGUCACCCUGCUCAGUGGUAGGGGAGUGUCAUGCUGUGAUUGGUGAGGCCAAGAGGCCAAGUGCGCAACAAGCAAAUGCUGGAAGUGUGGGACAUGUAGUGGCAUCUGUUGGCUCUGAUGACAGUGAUGAAUUAUCUAGUACUGAAGACAACUACUUGAGGGCAGCAGUAGGUAGCAAUGGAGUAGUUAAUUCUGAACAUUCUACCAGUUCUUUUGAGAAAAUUUCACCUCCCACAGAGAUUCACAGCAACACAAGGCAACGCAAAUCUCAUACACAUACGAAGUACAUUCCAGACAGUCAGAGAAUAAACCAGAUUAUUCAGCAGUCGUCUAAUCCUGAUUGCAUCUGUGUGAGUGAUGCAAUGCGAGUGAUGAAAGAGCUCUGUCAGCGAGUAACCGACCUAAAGAUGCUGAUCAUGCAGAGUCUGGAGAAUGACUGUGAUAAGGCUGAGCUCAACAAUCAAAUAGCUGUACUUCAGGAGCUCCAGCGACAGUAUGUUCGUUUGGAAUUGGCUCUGGAACAGCAUAACCUGAGGCCUCUACAGCCUCAGAGCCCAGUGAGGUGUAACAGCGAGGCAUCAGAUGACAUGUCCACGUCAGCUGAUGAUGGUUUGUCAGAUCUGCUAGGAGACACCAUGAAGCUGGAUAAUGAGGAUUUUCAUAGUGACAGCGAGAGUCCAGUUUGCCAGCAGUUGCUUGAACAUCGACAUCAGCAGAGAAUUACACAAGACAGACUGAUGUCACCAGUGAGUGCUACCUACUGCCCAUCCCCUUCUAGCCGAGACAUGGAGAAUUCACCUGGACUGAACCUGAGCUUUCCAUCACCAUCAAACAGCAACUUGGUAGUACACUGGGUGCAGAUCCCAAGUUACGUGCUGCGUGGGGCUGGUCCAUCCACCCAUUAUGAGUAUGAGGUUCGUGUAAAUAUGGGUGGAGAGUGCUGGUCUCUUUUACGUCGCUACAAGCGCUUUCGAGAGUUGCACAUGAAUAUGAAGGAAAAGUAUGGCUCACAGGUGGAGGCUCUUGCAUUCCCUCCUAGGCGUUUCUUUGCAAAAAAUUCAGAAUCACUUACUCGGCAACGAAGAAAACAGUUAGAAGAUUAUAUAAGGUGCCUGCUAGAUGUGUGUUCUAACAUGGAGAGCUGUCCCCUCUAUUCAUGUCGAGAAAACCCCACGAAGCUGGCCCUACUCGAGUUCUCUGCGUUCUUCCGUAAAGGAGUGUUUGAAAGUAGCAAAUAUGGCACUAGCUAGACACCAGAAGGAAGAUGUAAAACAUCUUAUAAGCAAAGACAAAGACAUCUGUAUAGAGUAAGUAUCAUUGUCAUUGAAAGUGGUUGUGGUAAGCCAUUUUAGUUUGCUUUAAUGCUCAAAAGUAUGUUGCAUUUUGUAGAGAUAUGGACAUACAGUUGUGUAAAUUGUUAAGAACUGGAUGCAUUGGCCCAACUUCAUAUGAAAUCUUGUUAUAAAACGGCAAGUAAUCAAAUUAUUAUUGUGAAGCCCACAUCUUGACUCAUUCCAUCAGCUAGGUGAGAGUGGUUCAUGGCCUUUCUUAUACCAGAAUUUUGCUCACAAGAAUAAUAUAUUACAACAUUCUUAUAGAGCUGUUAAUUAAGGCAUGUCUGCUGUAACGAAACAUUUUAUUGAAAUGGAACAUGGUGCUAAAGUCACUUGAAAUGCAUGUCAUAUAUUAUAUUGCCCAAGUAUAAUGGUGAGCUAUGUUACUUGUGAUAGACGGAGCCAGUUACUGGAGUAGAAUGCGUCUGUAUAGUGACAGAAGGAUAACAUCACAUAUUUCACCCAGACUAUAUGUAUUCUAACUGAAAAUAUGUUAAAAUAUUUACUGUACUUAUUGAUUUUCCAUAUUUUAUCAUAUAAUUCACAUACUGAAUUUUUUCCAAAUUUACAUACCCAAAUCUUGGGUAUGUAUGAUUUAUGCAAGGAUGUAUAAAAGUAAUCAUUGGAAAAUAACCAGAAAAGUGAAAUAUUUUCUCUAAAAAUCUGAUAGGUUCUAUACAAUGUUCAGUUUUAACAAACAUCAUCUUAUAUUUUAUAUUUAACUCUUCAUAUACUCAUACUCUGCAGUGAUAUUGUGGUCUUCUAGUUUGGUACAUUCCUACUAAAAAGAUUAAUACCCACUUACCAGACUACGCCUUGUCAUAAUGCAAAAGACCACAGUAUGAAACUGCAGUGCCUUAAGAAUCUUAUGUCUUGUAUUUAUUCAUUCGGUCUUUAUGUCACAUUUAUUUAAUGUGAUCCACAAAUUACUGCAGCAUUUGUUUGGCUGUAUAGUUAUGUUGCAAAUCACGUGAUGAUUAGUAAUGAUUCUUGCCAGUCUGUUUCAAAUAUUGUUUGCUGCUUGUUCUACUUAUCCACCCAUCUGUGAAUUUGAAAUCUGAUGCUGUACCUUUAUGUUGAAACUAUCUUCAUAUUUUAUUACAGUCUUUAUUUUGUAAGAAUUAAGAAUGAGAAUUAAUUUAACAAAAAGUCAUGAAUUAUGUGAUAAAAUAUGGUAUUUUAUUUUCCCAGGUUUUUCUUUGGAAUAUUAAUUGGCUUGUUAAAUAUACUUUAAUGAACAUAAAUUUAUGUUCUGUAAUGCAUGAAACUUGGAGAUUUUGCAUUCAAUAAAACAUGUAUAAUGAAAACGAUGCCAGGAGAAAAAUAUAAGAAAUACAGAAUUUGCUUACCAGUUCAUGAUUAUAGAGCAGUUGUCAUACUCUUAACAUUGAAUUGAAGUACAUUAUUUCAAUAGGAGAAACUUGGGAAAAAAGUUUCGUGUUGUGAUCAGGUAUGAAGAGGGAGCGCUGUGCAACUGUACACCUUGUGAACAGGCUGUGACCUUUCUCAGCAGUUGUUAUUUUUCCCAUUACAGUUGCUGUUAUUUCCAUGGCAUCAGCUUCCUCUGUAGCUCUUUUGAUUUAAUCACAGACAUUGAGGUAAUAGUUUCAAACAAGAUAAUAUUAAGUAUUUAAUGCAUAAUGGUGUGUCCACUAUGCCACGCUGUUGGCAUUAGGCAAGAACAGUAUUAACUGUUCCCAUUUGUACUGAUAAUGUUUUGUGAUGUUAUGUGGUCUUAUAAGAAAUGUAUGUGACUGUGGAAAACUUGCAAAUUAUGACAAUUUGUGACCAUUUGGGAAGAGUUAUUGUAGUGUUAUUUAUUCUGUGCCCAUAAUGACGUUCACAUUGCUUUUCAAAAUGAAAUAAAUCCACACAAUAAAUGCACAUAAUUCAGUUUACACACACACACACACACACACACACAAAAAAAAGGAAAAAAAAAAGCAGACUCAUUCAUCUAUGCUACAGAAUUAUCUGCUUGGAUUUAGCUCAGGUAAAUUAGUUUAUUAUUAAUUGUAUGCAUCUGUUCAGUUGUUUGCAGCUAGAAGGAACGUCUAUGGCUGCUGAAACUCUGACAGGACAAGUGCCUGUACAUUAUCUGUUUCAGACACUGAACACACAGUUAUGCAGGUCAGCAUGUUGAAGAGGAAGAAGAGGGAAUGUGAAAAGUAAAGGAAGAGGCAUUGGAAAUAAUAAUAAAAAAGAAUAACAUGUAGAUUGAGAAAGAAAUGGGUGAUAAUGAAGAAGAAAAGAAGGCUUCUUUCUCACUCCUUGGGUCUGAAAGGGUUCACAGUUCCUUUAUUGGUCAUAGUGCUAUUCAGGUAUUAAUGAAUUUCUGCUGUAGUGCUGUGUAUCGUAACAUGUUCACUUAAUAUUGACAGUAUGCAGUAAAAGUGACAGUAUUAUUGUGGCUGACUUCAUAUGCAUAUCUGCUGAUGUGUAAUACUGCUACUUUUUAUCAGUAAAGCCUGACAAACAGUGAUUUACAUAUUUUCAUCCCCAACAUUUCUCUAGUCCACAGGGACUCUCAAGCAGUAGUUACUGAAAAUUCUGUAUACCAUUAAUACUCCACUGACAUCAGAGUGUUAAAUUUUCAGUGAGCCCAAUAACUUGCCAGAAUAUAAGUGUUAGAUUUAAAUUAUAGUUUGUAAUUUUGUGUUAAUGCCCAGUUUUUGGUAUCUAUCCUGUCAGAGUGAGUGUUCCCAGGGUUGUUUUCAUUAAAGACAGUUAAGAGGUAUCCCAUUCAGUAAUUAAAAAAAGAGUUUCAUAGUUCAAGUAAUGCAUAUAUUACAAAAGACUGCUUUCAGGAAUAUUUGUAUGCAAUUGGAUCUCAUUUCAAAUAUUUUAAAAAAUGUAACAAAGAACACUUCAAGAUUUAACAAUGGUUUUUUAAUUUUCUUCUUGAUAUGACUAAUGGGAGAGGAGCCGGGAUAGCGUAGUCGGUAUAGCGACUGGCUAUG